GUCACGAAUUUAUUUACAGCCCAUCUUUUCAUCACGAUAAUAACUUGCAGUCGCUUCGUCUCACGACAUUGCUGGCUAAGCUAUUAUGCUGCCUUGGCGACCCAAAAAUGCCACCUAGAGAUGACGACCAGUCCUUGACGCUCGACCUGCUGCGCCGAGCCCACAGCCCAGACAGUGUCAAUCGAAUCUACUCGGACAAAAUCCAACAUCGACCUCUCUUCCUAAAGCCGAGCUCGCCUCCGCCUUCAACCGCCCGCGAUGCCAGGCGCAUAGCUCGCCGUGCAAAGGAGAAGCGUGCCAAAGCGCUGAAACCCAAGCCUCUAUCCGCCCGCGAGCGCCGAAGACUCCAGCUCUACACCCUUCCCAAGGAAGGGCGGACAUAUGCCGUCUUCGCGCCUCUAAACAACCUCUGGGUCGGCUACAUCCGCGAAAUACUAGGGAGCGAGCUAUACAAUGCCGGACAAGGUGCUGCCGCCAAGCUGAGCGCAGCCGACUUCCACGGCGCAGAGGUCGAGGUUUCACGGAGCCGGUGCCCCAGCCGUGUCGGCGUCCGUGGCAUCGUCGUCAAGGACACGCGUUUCACCUUCGAGGUCAUUACUCGACAGAAUCAGGUCAAGACCCUGCCGAAAGAAGGAACCAUAUUCCGUGUCCAUGUUCCCGCUCCAGAUGCCGCCCCGGACCACAAGCCUUUCUGCUUUGAGAUCCAUGGCGAUCAGUUCCAGCAUCGUGCGAGCGAUCGCGCAAACAAGAAGUUGAAGCAACACUUCUUAAAGAAACUAUGAAUGAGAAAAGAUUGCUAGAUAAGGAAAAACCAAGACGAAAAGCGGGAUGCACAUCCUGCGCGAGAGCUACCCAAGCUAGUAUGCCUUACACUUGAUUAUAUGGGUAUGUUCAAACAUAUAUAAACAAGCAAGGGCAUACGUUAUACUAACAGAUGGUAGCGUACAUAGUGAAUUGUAGAGU